CCAUGAGCAGUCCCCUGGAGCGGGCCGUGGCCCAGAAGAAGGAGGCCAUCGAGGCUGCCAUGGAGCUGCUGGAGCGCGGGUCGGAGGCGCUGGCCGGCGCCGUGGGGGAGCUGUUCCCGCUGUGCGAGGCCGCCGCCCCCCUGCUGAGGCUGGCGCUGGACAACGUGCACAGCAAGGAGGUGUUCUACGUCAGGGAGCGGUUCCUGACGGUCCGGAACCGGCUGGACGUCCUGACCGGACAGCUGGAGGACAUCGACCGCGAGAUCAGCCGGUCCCGGCUGGACGCGCAGUACUUCCCCGCCGAGGAGAACGUCCGCAACCAGUUCAGGAAGUACCUGGACAUCCUGGACGCCAAGCCGCAGUUCCGGGACGUCAAGACCCGCCUCUUCCUGGAGCACUUCGCCAGAACGGGCGGCGAGAAGAACCUGCUGGUCCUCUACGACGCCCUGAUGGGGACCGGCAGCUUCGGAGCGUCCAUCCUGGAGGUGGUGGACAGGUACGUGGAGAGGCACCGGCGCCUGCUGGAGGACUUCUGCGUCCGGAUGAAGGAGCUGCUGUGCCUGGGCCUCAUCGCCCUGCUGGGCCACUGCGCCCUGACCGGCGGCCCCGAGGAGGAGCAGGACCUGAUCGGCCGCUGGGGCGGGAGGGUGGAGGAGGUGGAGCGCCGGAUGAAGGCCGCCGUCGAGGCGUGCGUGGCGGCGUUCCCCGAGCAGGCCGAGCUGGACGCCCGGCGCCUGCUGCAGGAGGCGGAGGCGGAGAGCCUGCAGGACGCCGCCCGCCGGCUGCUGGACUUCCUGGUCAAGAAGUACGACUGGGUGCGCUGGUCGGUGCGGCUCAUCAACCACGGCGGCAGCUCGUACCGGAACUGGCGCGCCGGGGAGCACUUCCACCACGUGGCGGGGCAGAACUGGUUCGAGGUGCUGCAGGUCAACAACGUCAACCUGGUGGCGUCGUACAGCGGCGACCCGCGGCCGGUGGACGGCGCUGGCGUGCGGCAGCUCAUGGAGGGUCCGGCCCGGAAGGGCGACGCCCCCGCCGUGGUGCAGGCGCUGCGGGAGCAGCUGGACGGCUUCGUGGUUCACGCCGUCAGCCGCCACAAGGAGUCGGCGGCGGCGUGGAGCUUCCCGGACGACUGCCACUACUGGGAGCGGCACAAGAACGUGGCGGUGUGCGUGCACUCGCAGUGAGGGAGGGGCUCGCCCCGCGUCGCCACGGCAACCGUGAGCGCCCAACACG